AUGACACAAGUAAUAAAUGUAUCCACAAAUAUCUCAAAUUCAUUAUUAUUAAAGAGUAGUGAAUUAUCCUUGAAAUUACAACAAUCUUAUUCUAAUGCAAUUGAAGAAAUUGCACAUCAAAUGAAUGUGGAAUUUAUCAAUUUCAACGGAUUUGUCGAUGUUAACGAAAUAAAAAGUGAUUUAUAUGGUGAUAAUGUGAGAGAGGCCAUUUGGAAAGAAAAAUCAUGUCCCGUUUUCUUAAAAUCCGUCCCCGGAUAUAGUAUUGAAGACCAUCAUAGGAAAUUUAUUGAAGAGAUUCGACGUGCUUUACUGAAUCAAACCUGUGAAAAUAUAAUACAAUUACUCGGAGUAACUGAAGAUCCAUCAGAUAAAAGUGCCAUACUUGUAAUACAAUAUCCUAAAGAUGGUACUCUAAGAGAAUAUUUGGCGCAGUACCCAGAUUUAGAAUGGUUCAAGAAGUUGAAUUUAGCAAAAGACAUCGCACAAGGAAUAAGACAUUUACAUCGAUCAGGAUUUGUUCAUGGAGAUUUGCAUGCACAAAGUGUUUUUAUUGACGACGGCAAAGCUGUUAUAAGGGACCCGGGAUUAUUCGGUUUUGAAGAUGACGAAACAUCAUCAUCAUCAACAUUAAAUAGCGCAAUCCUUUCCACGAUACCAUACGUUGACCCACAAGUUAUGGGAGAUAUGAAACAUAAACCUGACCAACGCUCAGAUAUUUAUAGCUUAGGUGUAAUCAUGUGGGAGAUAUCAAGUUGUAAACCACCAUUUGGCAAAUCUGGAAGCCAGGUUAUACUUACGAUGGCCAUAAUGGUCAGAAAAACCCAUGGUUUCUUAUACGAUGAUCCCGUUAUCGUUGGAAAAUCUUUAACGAAUAGUUUGGUUAUUGCUGAUAUAAGAGCUUCAUCUGAGGAAUCAAGGAAAUCUCAUGAUUACCUAAAUCCAUCAUCUUCACAAAAUUCACAAAAAGAUUCAACGGUCGAAAAAGAAAAACCAUUAUCAAUACAACUUCCGAAACGCUUGCUCGAAUGGACAAAGAAUUCGAAGAGCUCAAAAAACAAAAAGGAUUUAAGAAAUUUAAAUCAAAAAUCUCAAAAAUAUUUAAGAAGAUGUCGUGUUUUUCCUAAAGAGAUCAUAGAAAUUGGGAAAAACGUUCCAUUAUUGCAAACGGCUUCUGCAAUUGUGGAAAAAAUUCAAGAGCAAGUCGAACUUCAAAUAGAAAAUGAAGAAAUUCGGGAAGAUAUUAAGGACAAAGUCUGCAAAGCGCAAGAACAACUGAACAGUCAUAAACUUGAUGAAGGAAAAUAUAAUCGAGCAUACAAGCAUUACAUUGAAGUUUUAAAACAUAUUGAUCUGUAUAUUAAAGACAUGGGGAAUAACGAAGAUCCGGAGAAUAAAAAGAAAAUUCGAAAAAAGCUCCUUUCUUUUGUAAAAGCUUCUUACAUGAAUGAAGUUUACAAGGAACUUAUAAAGAAACUUGAUGAUGCAAUGAAAGAAUUUCAUUUUGAAAUGAACAUAGAAAUGUGCAGUAUUGUAGGUAAUUUAAGCGAUAAAGUGGAUGCUUUGGUGAGCUUGAAUUACUUAAAUAGAGGGUUUGAUUUUAACCCCAACGAUAUUAUACUUCGUGACACUGACAUUGAGAAACCUGAUAACAAUGACAAGGUUGUUCGAGGUAAAAGUGACCGAGUUCAAAAAAAAUACUAUAAUGGGGAAGCAGUUGCUAUAAUAAAAGUCAAAUUUCCACAAGAUCAAAAUGAAGUAGACAAGAUUAAUAGAGCAGCUUUUUAUCAUUUGAAGCUUAGUGCGUGUAAUUCGAUUCUCAGAUUCAAAGGAACGUGUGCUUCAAGCGGAAAUUUGCAUAUCGUAGUCGAAUGGGCUGAAUACGGGUACCUUGAACUGUAUCUUCAAGAAGAUAUUGAAAUUCCUUGGUCUGAACGCAUUAAAUUUUCAACGCAAAUUGCUUCCGCAAUUCAAUUCUGUCAUAAUAGUCAAAUACUACAUCAUAAUCUUCGUAGUUUAAAUGUCUUAAUUGAUAAAGAUAAGAAUGCUAAGCUCACGGGAUUUGAGCAAGCCAAGUUUUCUUUCGAAGGGACUCGACCUUUAUCGAAUCAAGACGGAAUGCGUUUUUCAGUAUUGCUUUGGGAAAUCGCUUCAAGAAAAAAACCGUUUGAGAAUAUUCUAACCGAAGAUUUAUUAGCAAAGUUACCGGAACAAUUGCAAGCUGAUAAAGGUCCAGGUGAAAUUGGCAAAGAUACUCCUCCAAAGUUUAAAAGUAUAAUCGAUAGUUGUGGCUCCUUAGAGCAAGAAGAUCGACUCGAUAUUAAACAAGUUUCUAAAGAACUUAACACUCUAUAUCUCAGCAACUUUAUGAGAGACAAUAAAUAG